AUGAGUUGCGAAUUCAAAUUGACCAUAUUGCCAUUAGUUGCCGGUGGCGUGGAUCGAUCACUGUCUACCGCUGCGGCUGGAGUACGAGCGUGGACUCCGACUAUGCACUUGUCCGCUGUUACUUUUCAUUUAAAUUUUUCAGUUUGCUCAUGCGCUCAAUUCCCUCAAGUAUUGAGAAGCUCACCGACCCAAAAAUCAAACGAACUUACCAGAAUUGGGUCAUCCGUCGCUCACCGGCCGCUCCGAUGUCGGAUGUUAACGGCCUGUGGCUCUGCUGGAGGCCCAGCGAUAGAUUCUUGCUGGUUGCAACUAGAACUCAACCCAACGCACCAUCCGCCGCCACGUAAAACGGAGCUUGGGCAACCUGAUAGUAUCCCAGCCCUCGUACUUCCCUUGGGUGGCAUGACAGCUAGGCACCGAAAGGAUGUUACAGCUGAAGGACCUCAAUCUGGUAAGCUUAAUCUGCUUCUCUUACGAGUCGGAUUUGGUGCCAAGGAGCAUGACUGGUUUCUCGCGGGCAAUGCAAAUCUAAUGUAUAAAUACGUACGCCCUCGGAAUUUUUACUAUGGCUUACUUAUUGGCUUGGGUCUGUUUAUGCUCAGCGUCCUGAACAACCGAAUUUCGCGUCAUGCAGACCCACCGAAUGGUGUUAUCAGAAGCCCUUUGGUGGAUGACGAAGUGGCUUUCAUGUAUGCUGAGACUCUCUCGGACGACCACACCAAUCACUCACCUGAUCCUUUUGACCCUCGAGGGCAAGAAAGCAUAAAGUUAGCCUGCACUUUGGAACAAACAGUACUUCCUGCAUGUUACUUGCUGAACAAUACGGAUAUAUAUGUGCCGCUGCGUUCAAUCGAAACUGCCUUUGAGUUGGUCAGCACUGUAAACUUGCAGGCGAAGACAGUAACCGUUCGGCAGACCAGUGUUAGCAUCCCACUGUCCAGACCCGAUAACCAUGACGUCACUGGCUCGUAUAUGUUCUUUGAUCAAUAUGAUGUAGAGAAACGCCAUCACGUGAAGCUGGUACUUGCAGACGAAGGCAUACCACUCUCUACUCAAUGGAGCCAACGUGCCUAUCCAUAUCCUAUCCAAAUAGCCCAGUUUGGGUUGAGUCAUUAUUCCAAAUGGGCUACUCUGACACAGAAACGAACUCAUAAUACUGGUACUUCAGCGUCCCCAGGAGCUGUCACAGACGUGGAUCUGUUGGAUUCUAGGGACCCACACUUUGUUCGCUCUCUUCAUUUGUCUUUGGAUGAUAGGCCUACAGUCUAUCGGUUUUCAGUGGGAGCUUCCUCCGAGAGUUUGCUGGCAUUUGAUGCCAGGGCAGCGGACACAAAACUGAUUCACUCCCGUUGGCGAUACUUUGUCCUCUCCGGCGAUGACUGGCACGAGGGGAGCUAUGUCAAGUUGCGUGUACUGCGGGCGGCCUCUGACCCGUCCUCGUGGAAAGAAAUAGUUUAUGCAUGUGGAAAUGCAUCCCCACUACAAAGCAAGGUACUUACUCUAAAUUUUGCUGAAAGCUCUUCGACAUGUGCUCAGUCUCACCCUUGGGGCUCAUCAGGCAAACGCAGUCCCCGGGUUCCCUUCAAUCUUACGUUCUGUUUAGGCAUAAAUUGUACCAGGUCCGUGAAAUACACUGAUUUGCACGCCAAUUGGGUUUUAGCAGGAGACUCAACUGAACCCAGACCGAAUCUCUUGGUUAUGAUAUUCUUGAACCGAAAUGCUGCAAAAAGACUGUCUCUUGUUUCAGUUGGUACGCUACUCGAGAUAUCACAGCAUAUUUUCUCGAGGCUAAUUGCCCAUGAGAUUGCUUAUGUCUGUGGUUUGAACCCGACUUCCGCCUCUCGACUUCAUUCACCUAGGCUUGGGCAACCUGGCAGUACCCCAGCCGUCGUGCUUCCUUGGGGUGGGGUGGCAGCUAGGCACCGGAGGGGUGUUACAGCUGAACGAUUAUUAUUAUGUCUUAACGAUCUUCAGUAUCGAUUGAACUUGCGCGUGACCUUUUGCGUGAUCUGCAAAAGGUUUUCGGACAAUCCUUUUGGCGCUUUGAAAAAACUUCAGCGCAUUCGUUUAAUGGAGAUAAUGAUGGGUGGAUCGAAGAUGGUUCAUCUGAGUCCAGAACGAUCUUCAGUAUCGAUUGAACUUGCGCGUGACCUUUUGCGUGAUCUGCAAAAGGUUUUCGGACAAUCCUUUUGGCGCUUUGAAAAAACUUCAGCGCAUUCGUUUAAUGGAGAUAAUGAUGGGUGGAUCGAAGAUGGUUCAUCUGAGUCCAGCACUGUUCCUACGCUAACGUACUCAGCGUUUACUGUGUCGCAUUUGCCAUCACAUUCUAGGCUUAUUCAUGUGGAGCUAGUGGAAUUGUACGCAGGUGUUCACGGACCUGACGGGGGUGGGUUAAUCCGUCUAAUGCGUUUGGGAAGACCAUCGUCCACGGAGUCACCUGGUCUCACGGAAAUUUUAUUCCACACAAGUCGCUUCAUCUCCGCCGCGAAAUGGUUUUUGCGUAAUCAAGGUUCAGAUGGUGGUUGGCACAUUCCAGUGGCAAGGCAGUUUCGCGAGCGCCCGACAAUCGAACCCGGUUGGGUUUCGGCUAUGGGUCAAGGGCAAGGAAUCUCGCUACUUGUCCGAGUGUACAAUUACACGAAGGAUAUGACCUACUUGGAAAGUGCCCAUCGAGCUCUCGGUCCUUUUGCUCGAAGUGUCGCCCAGGGUGGUGUGCUUUCGUAUUUCUUGGGGCAGCUCGCUUUCCCCUGGUUUGAGGAGUAUCCAACCAGACCAGGAAGUCAUGUGUUGAAUGGCAUGAUCUAUUCCCUAGUUGGUCUAUACGACCUUUCACAGGUAUCUCCUCUUCCGGAGGUCCGCAAAAGAUCAACUCAGCUUUGGCACUCUGGACUCAACUCGCUCUCUACUUUGCUACCUUUGUUUGAUUCUGGAUCGGGCAGCUUCUAUGAUCUGCGGCAUGUUACUCCAGCCACCGGUGAUAUAAAAACUUCGAUGCUUAUUCCUGAAUCUAGCUUCGAGGGUCGUUUUAUCCAUCGUGGUCCGAACCGUGCCCGUUGGAGCUACCAUGCCCUGCACAUUCGCCAACUUCGUCUUUUGGCCAGCAUAGAUAACGACCACGCUGUACAAUGGUCUGAUACCGCUUCUCGUUGGACAUCCGGAGUCGCUUCUCCCUUCGAUUUCAAAGGCCGCGUAAGAUGCGGAAAAAUCGCUUGGCAACUUAGACUGGCAGAUCCGGAUGUCGGACUAAUUUACCAGAACCGUCUUCUGGAGUCGCUUCCAACUGCUCCACCGUUAGACGUAAAAUCAUACUGGGACGGCAUCGUCACCUCUGCCUACUGCUGA